GCUUAUUAUAACUAAUAUGCUAUACUUUACAAUAACAAUACAUGAACAGUAAAACUCCUAGGUCUACUUAAAAAUAGAAAUUAUGUUGACUAAAUUUGAAACUAAAUCUGCUCGAGUAAAAGGUCUUGCAUUUCAUUCUAAACGACCAUGGGUUUUAGCAAGUUUACACAAUGGUGUGAUACAACUCUGGGAUUAUCGAAUGUGUACUUUAUUAGAUCGAUUUGAUGAGCAUGAUGGCCCUGUACGUGGAAUUGACUUUCAUGAAAAUCAACCAUUAUUUGUCUCAGGAGGUGAUGACUACAAAAUUAAGGUUUGGAAUUAUAAGCAGAAGAAAUGCAUAUUUACAUUGCUUGGACAUUUAGAUUAUAUAAGAACAACAUUCUUUCACCAUGAGUAUCCUUGGAUUGUAAGUUGCUCUGAUGAUCAAACAAUACGUAUAUGGAAUUGGCAAUCAAGAAAUUGUAUUAAUGUUUUAACUGGUCAUAAUCAUUAUGUGAUGUGCGCUCAAUUUCACAAAACUGAAGAUUACAUUGUUUCUGCUUCUCUUGAUCAAACAGUACGAGUAUGGGAUAUUUCCGGUCUGCGAAAGAAAUUUGCUUCACCUGGUACAAAAGAUCGUGAUGAUACUUCAGUAAAGAAUCCUGGGCAAAUAGAUUUAUUUGGACAUGCAGAUGCUGUUGUGAAGCAUGUGCUUGAAGGUCAUGACCGCGGUGUAAAUUGGGUUACGUUUCACCCUACAAUGCCAUUAAUUGUAUCUGCAGCUGAUGACCGCCAAGUUAAAUUGUGGAGAAUGAAUGAAUCAAAGGCUUGGGAAGUUGAUACUUGUCGUGGGCAUUACAAUAAUGUUUCGUCUGUAAUAUUUCAUCCUAGACAGGAGCUAAUUUUAAGUAACUCAGAAGAUAAAUCAAUACGUGUCUGGGAUAUGUCUAAGAGAACUGGAGUUCAAACAUUUCGCAGAGAAAAUGACAGAUAUUGGAUACUUGCUGCUCAUCCAACUCUUAAUUUGUUUGCUGCAGGACAUGAUAGUGGUAUGGUUGUUUUUAAACUGGAGAGAGAAAGACCAGCUUAUACUGUCCAUCAAAAUACUCUUUAUUAUGUUAAGGAUCGUUACUUACGAAUAUAUGAAUUCGGAUCUUCCAUUGAUAAGCCAAUAAUGCAGUUUAAAAAAGGUGCUGGUCGACCAAACCCUGUUCACUUAGUAUAUAAUCCAGCUGAGCAAUGCAUUCUUUUGACCUAUGGUACAAGUUCUUCAGUUGACAGUCAAGUCUAUGAGUUACAUGCUCUUCCUAAAGAUAUAAAAUCUUCUGAUCCUGAAGUGUCUGAAGGAAAAAAAGCUGCUGGUAUAUCAGCUGUAUGGGUAGCUCGUAAUCGUUUUGCCGUUCUAGAUAAACAGCAAAAUGUUGUCAUUAAGAAUUUAAAAAAUGAAGUGACAAAAAAAGUUACAACUCCUGCUUGUGACAUGAUAUUUUAUGCUGGUACAGGAAGUUUACUACUAAGGGAUGCUGAACAAAUAAUGUUCUUUGAUGUACAGCAAAAGAGAGUUAUGGCAUCAAUUAAAAUAGCCAAGUGCAGAUAUGUUGUUUGGUCAUCUGAUAUGAAUUUUGUUGCACUAAUUGCUAAACACACAAUUUCAAUUUGUAAUAGAAAAAUGGAAAAUUUAAGCUCAGUUCAUGAAAGUGUGAAAAUCAAAGGUGGUGCAUGGGAUGAUUCAGGUGUAUUUGUAUACACAACUAGUAAUCAUAUUAAAUACACAUUAACAAAUGGUGAUAGCGGCAUAAUAAGAACAUUGGAUUUACCAAUAUACAUAACUAGAGUGAAGGGCAGCAGCGUUUAUUGUUUGGAUCGUGAUUGCAAGACUAAAGUUUUGAAUAUUGAUCCUACAGAGUUCAAGUUCAAACUAGCAUUGGUGAAUCAUCGGUAUGAUGAAGUACUGAAUAUGGUGCGGAAUGCAAAAUUAGUAGGACAGUCCAUCAUCUCUUAUUUGCAAAAGAAAGGUUAUCCAGAGGUGGCACUUCACUUUGUUAAAGAUCAAAAAACAAGAUUUGGUUUAGCAUUAGAAUGUGGUAAUCUUGAAGUUGCAUUAGAAGCUGCUAAAUCUCUUGAAGACAAACUUUGUUGGGAAAAGCUUAGUGAAAUGGCAUUGAAACAAGGAAACCAUCAGGUAGUAGAAAUGUGUUAUCAAAGAACAAAAAAUUUUGAUCGCCUUUCUUUUCUAUAUCUUACAACUGGUAAUACUGAUAAGUUAAGAAAAAUGCUAAAAAUCUCUGAGAUUCGAAAAGAUGUAAGUGGUCACUUACACAAUGCUUUGUACUGUGGAGAUAUUAGAGAAAGGAUUAAAGUGCUGAAGCAAGUUGGUCAAGGUUCACUAGCUUAUCUGACUGCUGCAACUCAUGGACUGACUGAAGAAUGUGCUGAAAUACAAACUUUGUUUAAUCUGGAUCCAGAGAAGUUGCCAGCAAUAAAUCCUAAUGCCAAACUGUUGCGGCCACCUGUACCAAUUUUACUGAAUGAAGGAAAUUGGCCACUACUUGCUGUUAGCAAGACAAUAUUUGAAGGAUCAACACCAUUAAAAGAUGCGCCUAUGUCAGUUUCAGCAGUUCAAGGUGAUUUUGGCGAGGAAGGAGAAGGAUGGGGAGAUUCAGAUUUGGUCUUGGAAGAAGAUGCAGGAUUUGCUGAUCCUGAUGAAAAAUUAAAAGUUGAUGAAGAAGGUAGUGGUUGGGAUGUUGGAGAUGACGAUCUUGAACUCCCGAAGGAUCUGGAUAUUGCUCCAGUAUCAGGUGGUGAAGAUUUUUAUGUACCUCCUACUAAAGGCAAUAGCCAAGGGCAAGUAUGGUUGUCCAAUUCUCAAUUACCAAUGGAUCAUUUGGCAGCUGGUUCAUUUGAUUCAGCAGCAAGGCUACUAAACGAACAAUUAGGAGUUGUAAAUUUUGAACCUUACAAACAGUUAUUUAUGCUUGCAUACGCUCGUGGUCGUGUGGCAGUACCAGGCCUACCUUCUUGUCCAAGUUUAUACUUUUAUCCACACAGAAACUGGAAGGAAGCUGGAGCAAAAGCUGGGUUACCUGCUAUUGGCUUAAAGUUAAAUAACUUAGUACAAAGAUUACAGGUAGCAUACCAAUUAACAACUGGGGGAAAAUUUACUGAAGCAGCAGAAAGACUUCAUCAGAUUCUUUUGAGUGUUACUUUGUUAGUUGUAGAAUCAAGGCAAGAAAUAACUGAGGCCCAACAGCUAUUGGGUAUCUGUAGGGAAUAUCUUGUUGGUCUUCAAAUGGAGACUGUUAGAAAAGAUUUACCAAAGGACACAUCUGAUCAGCAAAAGAGAGUUUGUGAGAUGGCAGCUUACUUUACACAUUGCAGUUUGCAACCUAUUCAUUUGGUGCUUACCCUUCGAACUGCAUUAAAUCUUGCUUUUAAGAUUAAAAACUACAAGACUGCUGCGUCCUUUGCACGUCGUUUAUUAGAGUUAGGACCGAAACCAGAAGUUGCUCAACAGACACGAAAAAUUUUACAAGCUUGUGAAAAGAGUCCUACUAACGCAGUGGUAUUGGAUUACGACGAACUUAAUCCAUUUUCCAUUUGUGCUGUUACCUAUACUCCAAUAUAUAGGGGUAAGCCUGAGGAAAAGUGUCCAUUGUGUCAAGCUUCGUAUAAACCUCAGUAUAAAGGAACUAUUUGCAAAAUAUGCGAGGUUGCUGAAGUCGGAAGGCCAAGCUCUGGUUUAAAAAUAAGUCUUUCGCAGUUUCGCUAACUUAAUAGAAUGUUAACAAAAAAUUUGAUCAACUUAUUUAUUAACGGGAACGAUUGAUUUGACAAAGUUCAUCCGACUCUUGGUUUGUGGCGGCGUCAUACAGAUAAUAUAGCACUGUGUGAAUUAGAACAAAUUAAAUUUAUUUUUUGUAAUUCUGAAUACAUUAUAACUUAAUUACUUCUUUUAUAUAA